AUGAACAGAUUCCCUCGCCAGCGUGAUCCACGCGCUUCUUCCUCCCUCUUUGAUUCUUACGGUGGCGGCUCCCGUCCGGCGAGCAGAUCGCCCGCUCCGGCCGCUGGAUAUGGGUACGGAGGCUAUUCCAGCCCAGCUGGAAACAACUAUGGGAAUGGCAGUGCUGGCGGACCUUCAUAUCGAAGCGCAACUCCCGACAAGAAGGGCCACUAUUCCGAUGCAGUUCUCUCGUCACUCGAAUCACAAAAUGAUGCGGAAGUCGAAGGUAUCACCGCCAAGGUGAGGAUGUUAAAAGAUCUCACCUUUGCGAUUGGAGACGAAAUCCGGGAUACCACACACAUAGACGGCCUUGAAAGCUCAUUUGAAAGUACUCGAGUCCGGCUUCGCGGGAAUAUGAACCGUAUGCUUCGCAUGGCUGAACGCACUGGCGUUGGCUGGCGGGUGUGGGUCGGGUUCUUCUUCUUCGUGUUCUUCUUGUUCUUCUAUGUGUGGAUAUUCUAG